CGAAAAUGAAUGAGUAAGAAAUAAAAACUCCCACUAAGGAUCGUGUAAGGUUUGCUUUGCUAUCAAAUUUUUUGCGAAAAAAAAAACGGCUUCGGCAUUGGAUACUGUAAUGAAGACAACUUAGGUAAAUAAGGCAAACACGAACUAGACUGGGAGAGAGGUGAGUAAACCAAGUGUUUGCAGUUGAAUCUGGACCAUUAUUUGUCUUUUAUUUGUUUCCAAAGUGUUAUUUAGCCGUUGAACUCUCAAAAACCCCUUUUGUUUUGUAUUAUAGAUGAUUAAGGUUUUUUUAGAGGAUAAUUCUGUAUUUUACCAUAUUUUAAACACCCCAUAUCUCUUUCUCUAGGUUGGUUGAAGAAAUUUAUGGGCCCCAAAUGAACACACUAGACCCCAAAUUAGGCCAGAAGUGCUAGACACAUCGAGAUAUUUUCCCCAAAAAUCCAUUGAGAGAGAAAAAAACCCUUAGGGCCCGCAUGGAAAAAAAUAGGGGUUCUUUUCACCCACCAUGGAUGACCCAGUAUGACUGUCUCUCCUGGUGUGAUUCACGGGAUUUAAGCCCCGGUGAGUUAUUGAAACCAGCCACGAUUAAUAAGAAGCAAUAAUGAUAGGUUUACCGUGAGAAUCUACCGGGGAUUCUCGCGUUAUAGACACAAAAUACCUUAACUGAUUGAAGAUUGAAUCGAUAAACAUACAACAAAUCUUGAAUUAUCAAUCACAUAACGCCAAGUUAAUUGGAGAUAUUUUUGUCCAACUAAAAUGUUAUGCCACUUUGUUUGGACAAAACAGUCAAGUUCAAGGCCAGUACAGUGUCCACGUGUACCACAUUAAAGGGCAAUUUUGUCCCAAAAAUUCAACACUAGCUUUCUUUUGUGUGGCUGAGCACGUCUUCGACUGCCUCAAACUAUAGUUAAAGAGUGCUAUGAUUUUCUUUGUGGUACCUUUCCCUUCUGCAAUACCACCACCACCACCAAUAGCAACAUUUGACCACAUUGAGAGUUCAUGGGCAGCACAAGCACCACCUCUUCUCCACCAUUAACAUAUCAAACUCAUGAGCUCUCUAUCUCUAAAAACAACAGGACUAGAGGUUCAUUAGUAGGAACUCCUUUCUCUGUUAGAAUCCCCACGAAAAAAAACGCAUGUAGUGAGAGGAGCGCACAUUCAGAGCUUACCCUUUCUGAUUCUGCACCUUCUUGUAUCUUUGUUGGUCCUAUUGAGACUGCUAGUAAAGAAACCCUUGAAGCCCUUUAUCGGCAAGCACGAGAUGCGUAUUAUAGUGGGAAACCGUUGAUUAUAGAUGAUAUGUUUGAUAAAGUAGAGCUAAAAUUGAGGUCUUAUGGUUCGAAAUAUGUCGUGAAGUAUCCCCGUUGCAGUCUAAGGCGGCAAUCGACGUAUGCUGAUGCUGAGGAAGAUCCUUCACAGGUUUUAGCGUUAGCAAGCGUUUGGAUCUUAUUACUCUCAUUUGGCAGUUUAUCCCUUCUAUUACCUACGUUUUACACGGUUGGUCUGGCUUAUCGGGACGCUUUCAAUUCAAGACUCUCUUCGUACGGCAUGACGUCUCCAUUUGAGUCUCUUUCAAUGCUGAACAACUUUCUUUUUGUGGCAAUGGGAUUAUUGAUUGGUUAUCCAAUAGCAUCAGCUUCUGUUGCAGCACUUCAGCGACUGUGGAGGAAUGACUUGGUGGCAUUAAAGGGCUCUUGCCCAAGUUGUGGGGAGGAGGUAUUUGCAUUUGUGCGUGCGGACCAAUCAAAAAAAACACACCACAAAGCAGAUUGUCAUGUAUGCGAGAGCUCUCUAGAAUUCCGCACUAAAGUUGUGCAAACUGUUACGAAACCUAGUAGACAAUGGGUCUAUGGCCGCAUUUACUUGGUCAGACAGAGGAGAAAAAAUCUACGGCAAAAAUUGAUGUAGGGAGGCAUAUGCUUCUGUGACUUUACAAAUAAAAUAAUCCCGUUGUAAACAUCUUGUACACAGUAGAUUACACCACUGUGAAACUCAACUUCAAGUAACGGAGUAAGAAGGAACACUUGGACGUGACUUUAGAAAUAAGAUUUUGUUUUGGUCAUUA